GUCUGUCAGUCAUUCACUACCUAUCUGUUGUAGUGUGGGUGUUUCUGAGAAUCGUUGAGAGAGUGACGUUGAAGUUGAGGAUGUCGUAGUGUUAGAAGAUUUAUUUUUAUCUGUUUCGUGCUGCGAUGGGUUCUAGAAUCAGGGAGAAUGUAAAGCAUUAUUUUGAGUGUUUCUGCGAAGUCGUGGGACCUCAACCUGACGGCAAUGAUGCUUGGAUUAUACAAAAGUUUCCUGAAACAUACAAGGAUGAAGAGGUUCUCAGAUCUGUUCCUAAAUUUGCAUUUCCAUGUGACUUCGACAACUCGACUGUACAGCACUACUCGUUUGUGUUGACGAGUCACGACUCCAAGUGGACAUUUGGGUUCUGCCGGCAUGACCCCAAGUCCGAGACUGCUCUUGUGGUGCUCAGUUUCCUUCCUUGGCACGAGUCUUUCACAAAGUUCCUGAAUGUAACGGCUGAACUGACCCACAGCGCUCAGAGUGACGAACUGUGGAAGUUUCUGGAUGCUGUCUACCAGACCAAGGUCCCGGAUCCGGGUGGUAGUUUCAAAAUUCCCAUUCACCAGAACAGCCAAAAUCACUUCGUCUGCCAAAGUCCAAGUCAAUUUCAACUUCCAAGCAUUCCUGAAAAUCGUAACCUGACUGAAUACUACAAUGCUGUGGACAGCCACAACAUGAUGGUAAUAUUUGCUUCCAUGCUGUACGAACGCAGGAUCGUGUUCACGUCGCGUCGCCUGAACCGGCUCUCCGCCUGCGUGCAGUCUGCCAACGCCAUCCUCUACCCCAUGCACUGGCAACAUAUCUUCAUCCCUGUGCUACCCAGCCAGCUGGUGGACUACCUGCUCGCUCCCAUGCCCUACCUUAUCGGUGUCUCCAAUACACUCCUGAGUAAAGUGCGGAAAAAUGACAUGGGAGAAGUUGUGAUUCUGGAUGCGGACAACAACACUGUUGACACUCCCUUCCAGGACUUAGAAAGUCUUCCUCAGGACGUGGUGAGGAACCUGCGAGCUCAGUUACGGAACCGUGCUGCAUUGUUAGGUGAUGGUGUGUCUCGUGCGUUCCUGCGUGCGCUGGUCCAGCUAAUUGGAGGCUACAGAGAUGCACUGCGCUUUCACCAAGGCGAGAAGAUUACAUUCAGCGAAGAUGCUUUCGUCGAGUCUCGGCCACCAUCCAUGCAGCCCUUCCUUCGUAAAAUGCUUGAGUUGCAGAUAUUUCAACAGUUUAUCGAGGAGAGACUGGACAUGCUGAACGCUGGACUGGGGUUCUCGGACGAGUUUGAGAUGGAGGCCUGCAAUUAUUCUGACAAAUCCAGUUCAAGGCUCAAACAGCAGUACCGUGAGUGGUUGUACACGAUGCGCAAGGACACAUCUGCCUUCUUUAAGAGCGUUAAGUCUCGGGCUAACCCAGCAGUCAAGUCAGCUGUGAAGACAGUGAAGGAGCGGGGGAAGAAUGUGGGUAAGGCGUACAAGGGCAUCAGGUCUCGGUUCCGUGACACUCCGUCUCCUGAGUCUCCUCCUGUAGCUGCAAGACCCCGUCCCCACACUACUUUCAUCACAUCAGCCACCACCUCUUACCGACGAGAUCUAAGCAUCAAGCAGCGGCUAAGUGCAGGUCCUGAUGGCCGUAACCAGUACAGCCCCUUGAGUCCUUCCUCACCAGAGAACUGUGGUCUGAACUUGUCUCCUCUAGACAUGGACUUGAUGGGUGACCUCCAGGAUGUCAUCUUCCGUCACUGUUCCUCUCCUGGUUCCAGCAGCACUGCUGAAUCUCCCACAGUGGACCGAACUCUGAAGCCUGUCCGUAGUCUGGAAAGUUUUCCUGGAGAAGGUCAGGCCAGUGCUACUGACUUGUUUGGAGGCCCUCCUUUCAACCCUACCAGGCUGCCCCCUCCUACUCGGUCCCAUCCAAAGAAUGAAGAGACAAACCUGAUCCGCCUGGACUCUGAAAGCAGUGUCGAUGACUUUGACCCUUUGUUGUCAAAGGACAGGGACCAGGAGACCGGGACAAGUUCGGAAGUCGGGAGUGAAAGGCGGGGACUGAGUCUGACCAACCCUCUCUACCCAUACUUCACACCCCAGCACCUCCCACAAGACUCUCGCCAUCGUGAUCUGGACCUACUCAAGGAGUAUGGGCUGGAUUUUAACAGUUUGAACAUACAGUCCAACAGUUUGAGUGUACAGUCCAACAGUUUGAGUGUACAGUCGACCCCGGCACACAGUCUUGGCCUAACUCCUUCACAACACAACUGGACCAAGUUUGAUUAACAAUUCUUGCACUGGUGUAACUGAAGAUUAGGAUUAGCAGAAAAGUUAAAUGGAAAAGUCGUGUUUCAAAGCUACGAGGGGAGGCUGAUCUGUUAUGUGUUUGCAUAUAUGAGGAGAAUGAGUUAACUCAAACAGUUUAUUAAUUUAAAAAUCUUUACCUUAAAAAUUAUGUAAACUUGGCAAAUUACAGUAUAGUCUACAUUUUUUGGGAAGCUAUAUGUUGUAAGAAAUCUUAUGAUUGACUUUGAAAUUAGGACUUACUUGCUUGGUUUAUUUAUCAAUAAAAUAAUAAUCUUCCAUCUUCAUUAAAUACUCUAUUCAGGUUCAUAGAAGAUAAAAAUUAUGGUGCUAAAUCCUCAAGAAUAAAUUUUUGUAAAGUCUUUCUAUUUGAGUUGUAAUUGAUUUUGGUUUAUUUGGAGACUGGCAAAAACCUGAUAACUCCAUAUUGCCCUAAUUUCAAUUACAAACUGUUAUCAUUUGACCUAUUUCCAUAUACCGUUCUAAACAAUAUCUUGAGUGCAUUGAAUGAUAUUUGCUGUAAAUAACAAGAAUUAUUUCUUUGUGUGAUGAGUCAAGACAAAUAUUUCUGCAGAUAUCAGUAUGCAUACAUUACUUAUCAGCCAACUCUCAUGUACUGUCAAGCCUGAAACUGUUUCAAGCAUUUAGACAUCAUUGUCAUUUCUGAUUUUCUCCUAUGUUUGUGUAAUCGUAAUGCAAUAAUAUGUGGGGCUGUUAUGAACCGUUUAUACUCAUUUUGUGAUUUUCAAAUAAACUAAGUAUUCAUUGCGAUAUUCAAAAAAUGGCAUCUGUUUUAACCAGUUAAUAUUAAUAAAUUUAAUGUGGAACAUGAAAAGUUAUUCAUUCAAACAUCAAAAUGAUUAUAGUUUGUAAUUAUUUUAAAGAAUUUAAUGCACAAUUUGAGUUCAAGCGGAUUAAUUUUAAACCGGUUUAAAUUUAAUUCUGUGAAAGAUCAAAACAAUUAUAGCAAGGUUUUUACUUUUAAGUUUAGUUUUAAGAAAUGAACCUGUUAGGUUUGUUUUAGCUAAAUAUACUUUUAUUUAUGUAAAAGAUUGAUUGUAUAUACCUUCUGUUUUGUUUGUUAUGAUUACACAUUUUAUUAUAUAUUGUUAUUUAUUUGUGAUAGUGUUAUCGUUAUUAGUAAAAAAAUAUUGUAUUAUAGUCUGAUUCUAUUUUUUAGACUGGUUAAAUUUUGUACUAUUUGGCAUAUGUAAUAAAUUCAAUUUAAAUACAAUUGUAUAGUUACUGAUGGAAAAAGCAAGAAUUAGUGUAUGUAAAAAUAAAGUAAUACUGUGCUUCCAAUUCCAAUAUUUCCGUUUUAAAUAUGUUAAAAUUUGCAUAAUGUUUUGUAAUCCUUGUACAAUAUGUAUUGAAUUUUGUAGAUGAAUUAGUAGAUGAAUUUUGUUUCAAAAUAGUAUGAUUAUUUACCAUUUAUUUUUUUAUCUCGAUAUUAUAAAAAAUACUAGAGUUUUCUCCACUGGUAAGCGACAAAAUAAUAAGUAUCAUUAGAAUUAAAAAAGUUUGUUUUGUUAUUUUGAAGAAUUCUUUUUACUUCUCUGACCUUUACAUUGCAUCCUAUUAAGUGAAAAAAUAAUUUCUAAUAUAAAAAUGUCUCUUGUAUUUUGUUUUAAUUAUUUCCUAGGGUCUGAACAAUUUAAGUUGUAAAACAAAACACUUGAAUAACUGGUAACCUGGAUAUAACACCGUCUAGAUUAGGUAAAUUUUAGUUUCUCAUUUUGAAAGAAAUAUUAUAUGCUCUAGGCAAAAUAUUGGUACAAUUGAGUUUUCUGUGUUUGAAACAUGAACUACAUAUCUUUAUCCUGCUGAAUAUAUUACAUUUUUUAUCGCUCAAUUAAAUACAACUUAGUCAAUGACAGUUUUUCAGCUUUCUGUACUGUAAAGAAAAAGCUGUAAACCUUGGUUGAUGUAGACUGUACAGUAUUUUUACCUUUUUAUUUACAAAAUUUAUUCCAUUAGUUCAAUGAGUCCAUCAAAAUCUCAAACAGAUUUUUGCCAAUGACAGGAUUUUAGAAGUGAAGUUCAUAGUUACUAAAUUUUAAGAGACAUUAACAAGCAUGAAGAACUUGGUCAAAGGCACGACAUAUUUGUAUUAUUGUCAAUUGCUUUCCUUUUCUGGAAUAUUCAAUUAAUAUAUUUGUAGUUAUAGUUUAGGCAUUAAAAUAUUUCUAUAUAUUUUGGUAUUUUUACACAUUUUAUCUUAAUAAUAAUACACAUUUAUCUUUAAAUUAAACAAUAAAAAAGACAUACUGAAUCCAUAAAUGAAACAUCAAAUUUACCUACAGUUGUAAGAAUUUAUUAAUGAACAUGGUGAACAGUUAACUAAUGUACAAAAAUAAUGAGCUUUCUUCAAAAGGUUUAGCAUAAGGAACAUUUCAAGUUCUGACAGUCUGAAAUGGUUGCUUAGAGUAGUGAAAGCUGUGGAAUAAGAUUUUUUGGCUGAUUGAAUCUCUGUCCUGUUGAUUUUUAAAAUUUUCCCUACUGAAAAAUAUAAGCAGUAAUAUAUAGGUAUGACCUAUUACAUUUUUUUCAGUGUUUUCAAUUUCAUUUACUCUGACACAACUUUUUUUCAAUCAUUCUAAUUGUAGAAAAACUUUGACUAUGUUUAUCUCUGAAAUACAAUCUAGAUGUACAUUUAAAAGAUCAAAGGUAAUUAAUUAAAACAUAACCUUUAUUAAGAGAAGUUAACUUUGUUCUAGCUAAAAUAUAAAAUGGUGUUUCUUGUAUCUUAACCCUUUGCGGAACUAUUUGUUUGACCGCACUUGUACCAGCAGGCAUGAAUUAAGUUGUACUUUUACAGCAGAACAAUAAUAGUGUGCCCCAUUAAACUACCCUUUUUUAUACUCAACUUACAUGUACAUUGAACUGAAUUCAUCUGGAUACUUAAAAAAGGUAUACAAUACAUUAUUUCAUGAACUAUUGUAAAAUUUUCUUACAGCUAACAAAAAAAUAAUAAAUUGAAUAGUAACAAAGAUUGUGCUACCAUUUCUUCUUUAUUGUUGUCAAUGUUGUAGGGUAAACACAUUCCAAAGGUAACUUUUUACUACAGAUGUUUAUAACAACAUUUUCGAUAAAAUGUCUAGUUACUGUUGUAAAAACUGCUCAAAUAAUAGAUCAGUAGUGCUACAUAUCAGAGAGUAAAUUUAGCUGAAUCAUAAUUUGGCAAUUCUCUCAAAUCAUAUAAGCACUUUUAACCCAUCACGGAUCACUAAUUAAAUGUCUCGUCAUGCAGCACUGUCCCUAGUGGCAGUGACGAUCUCAGGUCAAAAAGCUAAUAGCUAUAAUUUUACAUCAUAAAAGCUCUAACAAUGUCUUGUAGGCUGUGUGAACGUGUUUACUAGUCUACUGAAUAGCAACGGUCUUUCUUUAGUUUUAUCAAAUACAUUUUGUAAAUAUUCUAUAAAUUGCAAUUGUAUGUAGAAGCUAAAAUACAAUUACAAUGUAGAACUUCUACAUAGACAUUCUACGUAGAUGCAGCCUACAAGACAUUGUUAGAGCUUUUAUGAUGUAAAAUUAUAACUAUUAGCUUUUUGACCUGAGCUCGUCACUGCCACUAGGGACAGUGCUGCAUGACGAGACAUUUAAUUAGUGAUCCGUGAUGGAUUAAAAGUGCUGAUAUGAUUUGAGAAAAUUGCCAAAUUAUGAUUUAGUAAACCAUGUUUACAUCCAAAUUCUUUUACAGCAGCUGAUUCGUUUUUAAAAUUAGAGAAUUGAUGCAGAGUAAACCUCUCACAGUAUGUAUACCAGUUUAAAAUUUAGUUUAGAUUUUAUUGUGAUUUUUUUAACUAUCAAUAUUAUUAAGGGUAAGAAAAAUGUUGUUUCUUUUUAAAGGAAACCCAUAAUUUGCUCAAGUAAAAAAGGUCAUUUGCCAUUAAUUCAUAUAAGUAGACUAUUUUGCUUUAACACUUAUUUGUUAAAUAUAACUGUCCAAGAUUGAAAUAAUGAACAAGAAUAGUUUGUUAUAUAAGAAACAAUUAUACAUAUAUUUGUAUUCAGGUUUUAAAUUGAUGCCAAUUCAAGGUCAGCCUUUCACAUUCCCUCUCCCUCCCUGUCCUAUAAGUACAUUUGAACACUGACUGUGCUGUGAUGAUUGUUUAUUUAUGUUACUUCUUUUGUUACCCUGUUAAUUAACUAUCCCUCCCAGCUAUGAAGUUCAUAGCAUCGUUCGAUUUUUAUUCAUAAAAGAAGUUUGUUCUGCUAAAUGUAUCAACAAAGCCAUUUUGUAACGUGUAAUGAAUGACAUUAAAAGUUGAGAAGUAUUGCUAAAUCUUACUACAGUUUAUUUAUGUCUCUUAAAACUGUAAGAAGCAUCAUUUUACCUCACAGUAGCUUAGUCUCAUGUUGCAAUUAAGAUGAUACAACUGGACAAGUUUUAAUGGAAAUUACUUUACCAUUCUUGAUUUAUCACUCUCACACUUUCAUAUUCUUUUAAUAUUUAUGGAGUUUCUUAGUGGAAAGCAAUAAAGAAUGAUGGCAAUUUGAAUUAAACUGUUAGUAACUAGUAAAAUGGACAUAACACAUAGAUCUUUAUAAUAAUAUGUGCAAUGUAUUACAAUAAGCAGUGGUUGUUCCUUGUCAAACUCAAAAAGUACCUCAACACAAUUUUUUUCUGUUCAACUUACAUAUUAAAACGCACAAAGUUAGGUAAAUCCAAAGGUUGCACUGUUAGGUGCUGGAUUGACAUUUUAAAAUAACAAAAAGAAUGAUUGCAUGUUGUGGUAAAACUAGUCAAUAGAACUCUUAGUGUACAUUAUUGUAAAUUGAUUCACAUCUAUUUAGUACAUGUUCUACAAAUGUAAUUUUGUAUAAUAUAACAAAAUAGUUGUAAAUAUUGUGUAAAAUACUGCAUUAUAUAUUUGUAACUAUCGUAUAUUUUAAUAAGACUAAAGUAUGAAUUUUUCAUCAUAACAUAAAUUAUUUUAAAUUAAGUCUAAAAACAUAUCUUAGAAAUAUUUUUAACACUUUGAGUGCCAUGGCAUGCCAAUGUCACAUGCAUUAAGUCUGGGCUGUAUUCUAUAAAUUUGCAUUUAGGAGGGAAAAUACUGUGUAACAGCUAUCUAACAGAUUUUCAUAAAAGUUUAUUUGAUUCUUUAGUAAGAAUGUGACAUUGUUGAAAAAAAAAAUAUAACAACAUUAAACAUGUAUUUUAUAAAAAGUUAAGUUGAGUUUAUUGUGUUUCCUAAUAUAUUUUAAAUGUUUUUGAAUUAUGCGUAUGAAAUGUCAUGAAAAAUAUGUUUUGUAUAUUAUACACAUUCUGAACUGAAUUUGUAUGUAAUGCUACCAAAAGUAAAAUUUUACUUCAAAAUUCAAGAGUUAGAGUAAGGACUAAUACCAAAUAGUUAGUAAUUUUUUUUUUAAUUUAUUAAGAAUAGUUUCUAGAAUAGAAUACAUAUUAAUACAUGUGAAAUUUAAUACAUUUUAAAUUAAUUUGUUAUAUACAUCAUGUUUUUAAAUGUAUCAUAGCUCUACUACAUAGAAUAAUAUAAAAAUUUAAAUAAAAUUCAAAUACAAUAUACGUUUUUGAGAUAUAAACACUAAACGCAUUGUAAUAUAUACUCUAAAUAAAACACUGCUACCACAUUGUUUACUGGUAAUGAAAGAUACAGAACAUACACUCUCAUCAAGUACUUGUAGAGUACUAAUCUUGUUGUCAACAUUUUUAUAAUUGCUUAUAAGUUCAUUUCAUGAUGUUUUGUAUGCUAAAAACAAAAUCAAUGCUCCUAUAAAAGUUUCACUUGGGCAGUUACUAGAAAAAAACUAAUAUGUUUAUGCUUCAAAAAGAAUUUAUUUACAGCGUUAUUAUAAAACAAAAUAUACUAUAGUGUUUAUACUUUGUUGAAUGCUUAUUUUUAGCAAAACACAAAAUUAUGUAAAUAACAGUACAGUCUUAGUAAAAACAUUAGAACGUUCGCUACCACUGUCAGAAGAAAAGAUUGUCACAAUGGUGUAGCAAUUCAGGGAUAAAAGAGAAAUAAAUCAAUAUAAAACUCCCAUAUACUGAUAGAUUGGAACAUAUUGAAUAUUUUGAUACGAUUAUAAGACUGGAUUACAGUUAAAUUUUAAUUAUUAUAGAGAAAUAGUUGACAUUAGCUUUAUGCAUGUUUUAUAUUGUCAAAACCAUGACACUCAAAGUAUUAAAUAUAUAUUUUUUCGAUGUUCAAUCGUUGCGUUUCCUUUUAAAUUUUCAAACCAAAUUAUAAUUGUUGGCUUUUCUAGUGUGAAUUGAUUACUUUAAUCUGUAGGACAUAAUGUACUCAUUUUAAUCCUUUUGAGACCAGUCUAUAUUACAAAAAGCUAACCAGAAAUGCAGGGCUAUUUUUAUGGUAUUUGUAGAAUUUCAGAGAAAUGGAUAUAUUUUAGGAAACACAAAUCAAAUCUUUUAAAUGUUGUUUUUUACAUUUUAUAUUAUAAAAUGGGCUACCAGAAUUUACUUACAAAAAAAUUAGUAUGAAUUUUUUAAUACUUAGAAUAAGUAUUGUAAAUUUGAAAUGUUAGAAAAAAAUAGUUUCAUACCUCUCUUGGCUAAUGAUAAAACAUUUUGAAGCAUAAAGCCAUAUGUAUUCUAGCAGUGAAUAUUUUUAUAUAAAACUUCAAAAAGAACUCUCAAGAAAAUUUUCAGUUAGGAAUAUUAUAUAUUUAUAUACAUUUUGUACAAAAUCCUAAAUGCAGUGUUUUCCAACAAUGGAUGGAUACAAUUGGACUCAAAGGAACUAAACCAAAUGUUUUCCAGAUAGUUCAGUACACUGACUCAUUGUCCUUCAUGUAAAUCAAACAAAACACAGAAAUAAGUAACACAACGUAAAUAACGCUAUUCACGAUGUAAACACAUCUUAGCAACUGUGUGAGUACUUUAGUAUUAUCCGGAGGCCACUAUUUUUGAACGAGUUUUUCUUGAUGGGGACCAAAAUAAACCAUUAUAUGUUACUAGUACUUUACUUGUUUCAUAAGGAAUUGGAAAAGUACUUACUUGAUACUUGGUAGCUCCGUCGAUGACCGGUAAAACCGGAUUGACUGCGUGAUUUUACAAAAACUAUAUACAAAUUAAAAUUCACAAAACUAUAUACAAAUCACAAUGGCACAAUGGUACCUGAUAAGUCAUACUUCCUGUUGCCAAAUCGCCUCAACUCAAUUCUUGCCGACAUCACUUCUUUUUGGGAGGCAGAAUACGACAACCAUUCAUCAUAAUGGCGUAAAUUUAUUUUCUUUUUAAUACUUUAAUUUAUUUUGGUCCCCGAUAAGGAAAAUUUGUCCAAAAGUAGUGGCCCCCGGAUAAUACCAAAGUACCACUGUUUACACCCAAGAAGUGGCAUCUGGCACGUAGUCUGACCAUUGAGGAAACAGAUUGCUGACAUUGCAUGUAUACAAACAUAGAAUAAGCAUUAAAAGAGUCAAAUACUAUUAUCAAAAUCAUUAUAUUUUGUUACUUUAAUUACUUAUUUAGACUUUUUCGUGAAAAUUCAAUUGAAAUGUGUCAUUGAAUAAAUAACAAACAUUUCAUUCAAAAAUUCUGAUAUAUAAGAAGUUUUUCGUAUUCGCUACUAUUAACAACUUCCAAUAUACAUCGGAAGUUGGUCUCCAAAGGGUUAAACAUGAAUUGAAUGUUGAGUUUUCUUGAAAAGCUAAGACUGCAUAAGCAUUAAUGAUUUUAGGUAUGUAUUUCAAAUGUAAUACAUUAAGUAAUUUCUUGUAUUCCAUUUGUUUAUGAUCUGAACAUUUAAUUUCUAUUGAUCAGUUAAGUCAAUUUACUUCAUUUACGGGUAGCACUUUGCACUAAAAAGAUGUUGAAUUAACACAUUCACUGCGAUGGAGAACUCUAUAAGUUACCCUAGCACUGAACUGUUCUUCUCUAUAAUAUUGAGGGUGUUUGCUCAGUGUCUGUCUGUUUGUAUUGUUAACAGCUUAUAUUAAGGAACUCUGUAUUUUCAUUUCCAACUCUUUCUGUAAUUAACUCGUAUCUUAAUUUUAGUAUAAAUAUUUUAGCAUUUUCUUGUCUUCCCCAAAUUUUGUAUCUGGGACAAUAUUUUUGACUUCUUAAACGUUUAUAAUAGUACAAACAAAAUUUAUUAUUUUUGUAUGAAAUUAUUGUUACCUACUAGUAUAAAAUUUUGGUCAUUAUUGGUGCUGCAGGUACACUUUGGUACAUUGAACAUGUAAUGUUAUUAUUCGUGAAAUCAUUGUAGAGUUAUCAUUUGUUGACAUUCCUGCCUGUUCUGUCUUCAUGUUUAAUGAGUUAAGGUUACAUGCAAAUACAUAAUACCUUAUACAAAUUAUUAAAAAUAGCAAUUCUGCUGAACUGUUCUGUAUGUGUAAAAAUUCCCAUUGUCUGAGACAAGUGCUAGCUGUGAAUCUGCUGCUAUUGGAUGUAUUAGUUAUAGAGAAAUGGAACUGGAUAAAACACACCACGAUAUUGGCAGGAGAAUAACAGAUUUUGAUGCUAGUUAUUUCACAUUUACUGAUCAGACAACUAUUAUUAAGGGCAUGGGCAGGACCUUCUUAAGAUGGUGCCAUUUAUGUUCAUCUGUAUGAUAACUCUCGAUAGAAAGGUACUAGAGACUUGAAACUUAGGAAGAGGACUAUUAAUUUUUGGGUCAAAAGUCAAAGGGAAGUCCAUCUGUCUGUCUGUCUGUGCGAUAAAAAUUGACAGAAAGAUUCUCAACACUUGAAACCCAUGGUCCAAAGAAGAACACUACUGAUUUUAGGAUCAAAAGGUCAAAGGGCUAAUCGUCUGUCUGUCCAAUAAUGUUUUGUUAUGUUUUUUCAGGUUCUUCAAUACUCUGUUGUUUCGGUUUGUUUGCCAAUAAGCUUUAAAAGAAGUUGUAUAUAACUCUAAUAAACUAUGUUCUUGGUAAAGAAACAUCUUAGUAAAUAUGGGCUAUUUGGUUGCUUUCCUGGUACAAAUAUUAAGAGAAAUGUUUUUAAAUUUUAGUGAAAAAUCCAAAUAUGAACAGUGUAAGAUACAUAUAAAUAUAUUGUUAUUCACUAGAGAUGGUAAUUAUAUGAAGUUGAUGGGAUCAAGACUAUUUUAGAUAAUUGGAAUUUCGGAUCCAUAGAAUUGCUAUAAAAACAUGCUCUCUGUUGAUAUUGACAUCUAAAACUCAAGCGGAGCAUCAUGCACUUACACCUACAACAGAAUUUAUGUUCACUAUUUUAUAACCUUAGAAUGAAACUAAGUCUAACUUUGUUAUGCAGGAAAGUUUACAACAUAAUAAACAUUUAUUUCUUAAAACCUAACAAUAUUUAAUUAAUUAUAAUGUAUUUAAACAGAACACUUGUAAUAAUAUAUAUUUAUUUAAAAACUUGUUUUAUAACAUAGUUUAAUCAAAUUAAAUUUUAAAUACAAUGUAAGAAACAGUAAUCAAAAUUAGUCUAUUAUGAAGUAGUCAAGACCAUGUUGCGUGUAGAGAAACAUACAAACGACACAGUCUGGCUUGUGUUUAAAAGAAAAUGACUCUUAUAAUCUAAUUCUUAUAACUUGGAACUUGAGAUGAACACAUUCUGGUUUAUCGUCUCUCUAGUAUACAUGCAAUGACAUAUUGGUGAUCAUGUUCAAAACAGUUUCUAAAAAUAUUAACAACUUCCUAUAUAAAAAAAGAACAAAAUUAAAAGAAACAAAAACAUAGAUAAUUUCAUAUUUUUAGCAUGGGUUAAUUGGUAAUCCUGAUAAAAUGACAAAUUCGCAUCACUCCUUAACAUUAAAGAGAAUACAAACUUCAUGUUUAAAUAUAUUUAUAUGCAUGUGGAAUGUUUUUGAGAAGGUAUCACAACAAAAGUAAAGUUAAUAAGUUAGCUUGUAAUAUGAAAAAUAAACUUAAUGUACCAACAAUAUUGUUGUUUAAUUUAUUACAUUACAUUAAAUUCAUACUUUUCUUUAGAAUGUGUAAAUUACCUGCCCAGACAGUACAGUUAUUUGUCGUGCAGUGGCCUGAUACUUAGACAUAUUUCUGAUAUUUUAUUUUUGUCCAUCUAAUCUACACCACAGUUAGAUAUAUCAAUAGUUACUUUUAGCCAACUUUCUUGUCAAUUCUAAAUUUAAUGGUGUACUCUAUGUAAUAAAAUACAAUAAUUAAAUUAAGUUUUAUUUUCUUAUGUGUAUAACAUUUUAUUUUCUUAUGUGUAUAACAAACAUUUCUCAGAUAUGACAAAUACAUGUUUAUGUAACAGACAGCCUCUAGAAUGUUGUAUUCAAGCAUACUCUUCAGUUAUUUUUCUAAUCAGGCGUAAAUAUAGCCUAACCUCAAAUACAACCAAAUAAACAAGAAUUGGACUAAUUAAAAUCUGAGGUCAAAUAAAAAUGUUUUAUGUCUAGUACUAGUGUGUACUAUGAUUUUAGCUGUGAAACAUUUGUACUAUUAUUAAAGUGUGAACUUACACAAAACACUAUAUGUGAUAUAGAAUUGAUUUAAUUUACGUAAGUUUAUAUUAUUUAAUGUCAUGUUAUUUAUACUGAAAUAAAAAUCACUCAGUGUUCCUUAACUCUAGAUCUGUCAAAUAACUAGUUUGUAAUCUCUUAAAAAUGUUUUCCAAUGUUUAUCAACUAGUCUCUAGUUGUUUUUGCUGUCAUCUUUUCAAUCAAAAUUUUGCUAUUGAAAAUUAGAUUAAAGUAGAGCAAGUUGGAUAUCAGAUUAAUAGGAAUGUUUCUCAGUUAAUUUGAUUUAUUGUUUAUUGAAUAAUAAUGUGUAAUAAGUACGCACAAAAUUAUACAGUUACAAUACAAAACGUUGGUAUAUCGUUCCUGCUUGCCCACUUCGAAAGAGUGCAGGAUAACAGGAUUUUGUCUUCUACUUUAGAUGCGGUAAAUUUCGUUCGGGAAAAGGGUUAGUUACAUCACUGCCUUCAGAAUUUAUUCCUCAACAAGAGCAUUAAUUUCAAACGUCUGUUUAUUACUAUUUGGUCUGAAGAAAGACAUCCGUCCAAAACACGGUGAGCGGCAUUUCUAUAAUGUCAAAUGACUAGUCACUAGAAUUUUCUUAUUUUUUAUUUUAUUAUAGAAUUUAGUUUGUAUCAAGUAAUAUCAAACUUUUCAUUAUGAAAUUUUCAAUUGAUUGGUAUAUAAUAGUAAAAGUUUCUAAAUAUAAUAACCAUAUCUAAAAUGUCUAACAUUUUUAAUGGGAAUAAGAGUGUUUUCAUGACAUUGCAAAAUGUUACUUAUUUAAUUUUUGUAUUAAAUAGUUUGUAGGAAAAUGGAAUUUCUGUAACGUUUUCAUUAAAAACCUUUUGAUCGACAUUUUGUAUAUUUUGAAAAAUUAGCAAAAAAAAUUGUUUCUAGUUUUUAUAAAGCUUUACUUUUAAAUUGUUUUAUUUGCUUUUUCUUUUUUUUUCAUUUGUAAUACUAAACAAAUCUUAAAUUAAAGCACAUAAAUAAUCCAACUGCAUAUAAAUGUUCCUCGUAAUGUAGUGAAAAAGAAAGUAUUUGAUAGUAUAUACUUUACUUUAAAAAUAAACAUUCUGCAUAGGUUUGAAUGAUGAUGUGCACAACUAGCAAAUUAUGACAUUACAGAAAUUUCAACAGCCAGACCCAGGGUUAAGUUAAAUGAAAUCUUAUUGAUGUUUGCUAUUUUGUGCUAAAACACAGCAUUGGUAUUUUAUUAUAUAAAAUGUGUAUGUCUGUGUCUUCAAUUUUAAUUUAAAAGGAGUAGGUAUUGAAUACAUUUCACAUUCACUCAUUUAAACUCACCACUACUAAUGAUUCCCUCAGAGAUGAGUGGGAGGAAGUAGGCAAAUGAGGUUAGGUAAAACGAGUUCACAAAGACUGGUAAAUACAUUGUUUAUUUCUAGCAUUAUUGUGAUUCAAUUGUUGCCCUGAUUCCGAGUCAUGGGUGGAUUGCAAGGAAAUAUAAAGGAGAGUACCACACCCUCUAAGUUUAGAAAAACUAAUAAAUUUUUAUGUAUUAAAAAUUAUUUAUAUUUGUAUGUUUUAAUGUAGUCAUAAAAUGUAUUUUCUUUCGCCAUGUGAAAAUAAUUUUAUUAACACAGAGCUAAAUAAAAAUGGAAGAUAAGUAAACUAAAUUCCGGUUACUGACUAUUAUUUUGAGUAGAUAUAAUCAAACGUUAUUUCAAGUUACCCCAUUUAUCAGUCAACACUUUGCUUUAACUACUGAAUAUCACAUUUCGGAUGUCCUGACCCCAGCAACAGAAAACUUGUGUAAGCUAUGGUAGUGAAUAUGUUACUGGCUUUAAAAAAAAUAGAUUUAUAAUGAUGUCAUAAAAAUGUGCUACUGAUCUAAAAAUAGAAUUUGUUUCAGUUUAGUAUUGUCAAUGGAUAAUUUGAAAAAAUAGUAAGUUUUCAGAAAUUUUUCAUUGUAAAUGUUUUGAACAUGAAUAUAUAUUUAUUUGAGUAAAGAAAAAAUAUAAAUAUCUGUUGUAUUGUAAAAUCCUUAAAAUGUUAUCUGCUUUGGAGAGUGUGCUUUAAUGUAUUUAUUUUAUGUACAUCUAUUUAGAUACAUCUUGAUGGUUUCAUUUGAAUAUGUCCUAACAUUUGUGGCCUAAAGUUAAUUUAAACUUUGGAUAAAUUUGAAUUUUCAAGGUGCUAUCUUCACUUUAGUGCCAUAAGAACAAUGUUAAACUUUUAUAAAAUUAUUUUUAGUAGUAGAAUUAUGGGGAAAGUCUUAUUUUAAAGAUAUGAUUUAUAUUUAUCCAACCGCUUUUAGUUUAUUUUAUAUUUUUAUUGAUUAUUCAGAAAAAAACUUAUUAAAUAUUCAAAAAGAGUACAUUUGACAAGAAAAACUACAAAUCAUUUGGAUAUAUAAAUUAUAUCUCCAAAAUGAGACGUCUCUCAUAAUUCUGUAUGUAGUGUUAUAAAUUAUUUUAAAUUGUAACGUUGUUGUUAUGGUGUAAAACAAGGUAACUCGAAAGUUGUUUCACUACAGCCGACUCUUAAUAUUAUGGCAUUGAAAAGUUACGAAUAAAGUAUUAAAUUUGCUGUUUUGUUACUUUUUUAUUAUGUUCAGUGAAGUCAUUGUAAGUUUAUGAAGUUAGUCAGCUAAAGUGGUGGCUAUCUUGAUUUUAUCCUUAUAAGAUCUAUAUCAAAACGUUUUUGCACCCUAUAUUGUGGUUGCUAUACUAAAUUUGUAGGAUUAUGAGAUUUCUCAUUUUAAAAAUACGUUUAAUAAUUCAUUGUAACACUUAAGUGUUUUUAAUAUUGUUAUUAGUAUUUUACAAAGUAACUCAACAUCUUUUUUUCAUUAUCUGAAUAUAAAAAAGUACUUAUUUUAAUGGAAAGCCUCAGAAGUAUUGAAUGCAUUUUAUUCAUAUUUUCAAAAGGAGACAUCUCGCAUAAUUCUGCAACCAAAAAUAAGGUUGUAAAACUGUUUGGGCUUUUACAUUUUUUUGUGAUAUUAACUUCAAGGUCUAUUUACUACAGCUUUUUGUAAUAAUAAGUUGGAAUUUUUGGAUAAGUAAGUACCCCCUUUUUGGAUCUGUGAUGUCAUCAAUUUAUCUUUCAGUUCUUUCCAAAAUUGAAAGAGUAUUGUAAUAUUGACUGACUAAAUGAGAAAUAAAGAUGAUGCUCAACAUAGUGUUAAAAAUAUCAAGAACUGCAAACGUGCGAUAUGAGAAUAUUUUAGACUGAUCGUAAUGUGCAAGUAGCAGUGUGAGGAUUUUGAAAUAAUGCAUGUUACAGUUUGUUAGUGUCACAGAUGUGUGUGCACCAUUGUUGACAAUUACUACUGAUGAGACUUGUGAUUUAGCAGUGUGGGAAUAAGUGAGCAGCAUGUCACCACACCAGGGGAUCUGCACAACAUUGUGUAUCCAGUAAAUGGGUCAUUUAAAUAAAAUAUGUACAUUGAAUAUAUUAUCUUUGUAUAAACUACAGAUUUAUAAUACAAUUCAUACUGUGUA